GUCAGAACAAGUUGUGUUGUUGACAGCUAGCUAGCCCGAUGCUAGCGAGGCUUCUUGCGUCAAACCCCUCAGCGCCUCUCAUGGUUCCUCCAGUGGGUCGGCCACCUUUCAUUCAUGCGGUGUCUGGUAUCAGAGUGAGACAUGCAGGAUAGGUACAGCGAGGUCGGCUUCGUCCAGCAAAUACUCGGCUUGAAUUUAGUGCCGAGGAAGAACGGAACAUACCGAGGAAACGACACCUCUCUCAACGACUUCUCAGAGAUGUGGUACGGAGUGUUUCUGUGGGCAGCGGUCUCCUCCCUGGUCUUCCACCUGCCUGCAGCACUGCUCUCCCUCGCCACGCUGCGCCAGCACAAGAUGGCCCGAUUCAUGCCCAUCGCCAUCCUCCUCAUGGGCAUCGUGGGACCAAUUUUUGGGGGAGUCCUCACCAGUGCUGCCAUAGCAGGUGUGUACAAGGCAGCAGGAAAGACGAUGAUCUCUUUGGAGGCUCUUGUUUUCGGUGUAGGACAGUCAUUUUGUGUCCUCAUCAUCUCCUUCCUCAGGGUACUAGCCACCCUUUAGCAGUACUGAGGCCCGCCUGGCUGGCCCUGAUGCUGCCGGGUGAGUUCGACACCAGUCGCACUUUCUCUCGACGGGUCCUGAGUUUAACAUGGUACAAGGACUAGAUCCCUGGCAAACCCUGCUGGGACGCAUGUAAACCAGUAAGGCCCGGGACAUGAUGUCAUUUCCUACUGAUGGACCAAGACCAGGGCAGAUUUUAUUCAACUAUCAAAGAAAGAGCAGUGUGUAAAGUGGAGGUGUGUGUUAUGCAGCACUAAGGCUUCUGACUUGCUGUCUUUCUGUCUGUCUGUCCGUCUGUAUGAUGUCCACUGUGGGAAAGCACAAUGCUGCAUUCACAUCACAGAGCUUUGCACUCAUUCCUGUAUGAUGCGAAGGCAGCAGGAUGCUGUUGUCCCCUGUUGCCGGGGUUACAGGUUAGCAGCAGGAUGACACUAACCUUUCUCAGGGGCUGUGUGUGUCUCUCUUUCACUAUCAGUCUGACAACAGUUUGACUCCAUGCAACGACUGCACAGAGACAGAAUAACAGGGUGGUGAGUCAGGAAGAUGAUGGUUAUAUGCAAGAUUCUGUCUUUUUCCCCUUGAGGCCUUAAUUUCUAUUUUCUAACUUCCAAAGUGGUGUUUCUCUUCAGGGCUGUCUUUCUUUAACACUGUCUCUUGCUGCUCCUUUUGUUCUUCCUCAUAGUUUUCUGUUCAAAUGAAUUCAAGUCCGACUGCCUGUGUGUUAUUGUUAAUUCCAAAUGAGUUAGAAGCACCUACAAAAUGUUCCCUUCCAGCUUUCUCAGCUAAGUUAUUAUAGACAAGCAUACAAGUGAAGCAGUUGUUUUAGAUCUUGUUUUUUAUUUUUUAAAUUCUGCCCUGCAGACGCAGCCUAGAGAAUGUCUUCAGUUGCUUGGUUUGUUUGUUGGUUCUGAGUGAGUAGAUGAGCGGUAAUGAACACAGGCCACCACUGUGGUCACAUUACUAAACAAGAAACUUCUUUUCUUUUCUCUCUUUGAAUGAUAGUAUGUUUGACACGUGUGUCAUUUUGUGACACUGAACUGAUUUGUAUAUAUAUUCUAAAUUAUUUGCAGGUCUUUAUAGCUUUUCAAUCCUUAUGACCAAAUAUGUUUUGCUUAUUUUUCUGCACUAAAUGUGCAUGCGAUGGUUCAACAGAAGUGUACUACCUUAUAGUUUUUCAUGGGCUCAUCAAAUUCCCACAGUCUUCAGUGACUGCUUUUAGUUGCUUCUGGUAGCUGCUGGGCAGGUGCUUUUCAAUCAGUAUCAUGUGCAACUUGCAUAUACAGACAUAGGUGAGCUCUACAUGGACUACUUUUAUUUGUAAAAGAAAAAAGAUGGAGCUGGCAAGUUUGUGUUUUAGCAACUACUGAGAACUGAUUGAAAACUGGCUGCUGACACCACUACCACUAAAGUAUUUAUUGUUGGCCAGUUUCUCACAGUGAUUUUACUUUGGUUUUUCAUGUGAUAUUUAAUGUUUGUAUCUUUGUCUUGAUGAAAAGCUGCUUCUGUCAA